AUGUUGACAAGUUUGGUUGCGGAUGAUAAGCGCUUGGAUACGAAUGAAUCAUAAAACGGAUAUGGUCACCAACCUUUGGCGUUUUUCGUGGGAGAUGAUGAAGAGUGUGAGGUGGAAUUACGUGGUGAACGUGCCGAUGAGCUGUGGUGCGUGCUGGACGUGGACGGCACCGAGAGUGACGAGAAAACUGUAAGAUUUUAG